CUUAAAAGUACAUUAUUAGAAUACCUGGACACUGGCCAGAGCAUUCGCUGGUUUAAAUUAUGCGAAAUGAGCCUCUUCGAUGAAAUCUGAGAGUCCACUAUCAGCUCUCAUCAUGUCAAAGUCGUCGAAAAUAGCCUUAAGGCUAUUUUCUCUGGACUUCCGUUUGGUGUUGUCAUCUGAAGUCACAUCUUGAGAGCUCGAUUUGGCCGUCCCGGCUGGAGAAACUUCACAGAUCUUGGUAUUUUUCCCAGAUUUUUCUGUUUGAGGCUCCCUGUUUAGUGCCUCCUCCGAAUUGUUGUAUGAUUUGACUGCUAAUUCUUUGUUAGUUUCUUUAUCAUCUAAAGAUAUAGAUUCUUUUCUGCUUCCAAUACAUCCACCCAUUAUAAUGAUAUGUUAGUUUAACU